AGCUCGGGGACAUCCCUUUUCAAGGGAGAUUCUCACUGCUCCUUUGCCAAACAAUUUCAAGGAGACCAACUUGGUGUAUGAUGGGUCAUCUGAGCCAUCGAGGCAUGUGAGGACCUUUGCAAACAUGGUUGUGUUGCAUGGGUACUCUGAUUCUGUUUGUUGCAGGGCAUUUUUAUCGACCCUGCGUGGAGGAGCACUUGAUUGGUUUCAUCAGCUUCCCCUUGGGUCGAUCGUGAGCUUUGAGGACCUUACCGACAAGCUUAUCAAUCAAUAUUCAAGUGCGGUGGUGCAGGAGAAAACGUAUUUGACUCUGAUGGUAAUGAGGCAGGGGGAGAAGGAAUCAUUGAGGAAGUAUGUUGCUCGAUAUAACCAAACAUGUUUAGAGGUGCACUCAGAUUCGGACGAGGUGAAGGCGG